CGAGUCACAUGUUUAUGCUGAGUAGUCAGCUGACUAGUAACUAUAAAGCUUUGAACGCAAUACGUAGUUCGCGAUUGCGCUUGGAUCUCCAACAACUCCGUGUAUCAAACGAGCCUGAAAACAGCAGAGUCAUGAUGCUUCUAACUCUUCUCUUCGUAUCCUCAGCUGUGGCUACCCCCUUACUGGGCACAGAGCAGUGUGCUCGUGGACCCCCCUACUGGUGUCAGAACGUGAAGACUGCAUCUCUGUGUGGUGCUGUGACUCACUGCCAGCAGAAUGUCUGGAACAAACCCCAGAUGAAAAGCGUGCCAUGUAACCUGUGUAAAGAAGUUGUGAUGGUAGUCUCGCAGGUUUUGAAGGACAAUGCCACACAGACUGAGGUUAUUGGCUACUUGGAGAAAGCCUGCCAGCUCAUUCCCGAACAAGGUUUGAGUGAUGAGUGCAAGGAGAUGGUUGACGAUUACUACCCCAUCGUCAUAGCAAUCAUCAUGGGAGAGCUGGAGGAUCCUGGUGUGGCUUGUGGAGCCAUUGGCUUGUGUCGCUCCCAGCAGAUGGCGCUGGCCAAGUUUCAGGACCAGUUGCUGUCCAAUGAGAUCCCACAGAUUGACCUCUCCAAGUCAGCCUCACCUUUCCUCCUCAAUGUUCCUGGGCUCUUGUACCCGCAGGAAAAGCCCAAACAGGAAACUCCAGUCAAAGGAAGUAGUGAUGUGUGUCAAGACUGCAUUAAGUUUAUGACUGAUGCACAAGCACAGCAAAAGGAGAAUUCCUCAUUUGUUAACUCGCUCAUUGCGAAAUUUGAGGAAGAUUGUGACAAGAUGGGACCGGGUGUGUCAGACAUGUGCAAGCAGUACAUCAGCAUGUACGGCAGCCUUGUUCUUCAGAAGGUCUUUGCCACGGAUCAGGAUCCCAAGGAGUGCUGUUCCAUUGUUGGCUUCUGUAGCGCAGGCGUAGAGUCCACUCCCAUGUUGAAACUGCAGGCCGCUGAUAUUUUACCUGCUGCAAAGACCGUGCCUGCUCUCAGUCUUGUUCCUGCCACCAAGGUGGAAUCUACAAAAACUAAGCCUAUGGUGCGAGUUCGCGAUUCCGCUUAUUGUGCAAUUUGCGAAUUUGUGAUGAAGGAGUUGGAAAGCAUGUUGGAAGAUCAGACAACUGAGGAGCAGGUGAUUGAAUCUGUGGAGAAGGUUUGUAACUAUUUGCCUCAAACCUUGACUUCUGAGUGCAAGGACUUGAUCGAGACCUACGGCCAGGCCAUCAUUGAGUUGCUGGUCCAGCAGGCUGACCCAAAAACUAUUUGCACCGUGUUGGCACUCUGCAAAGAUGCCACCCGUGCAUUUGUCCCUGCCCUUGAUAAGACUGUCUUCAAAACUGGUGGCUACUGCAAGGUGUGCAAGAUGGCUGUCGCCUACAUCGACGGAAUCCUUGAAAAGAAUGCCACUGAGGAGCAAAUCCAGGAGGCAGUGAGGAAAGUUUGCAGUUUCCUGCCUGACUCCUACCAGACAGAGUGUGACCAACUGGUUGAACAGUACGAGCCCAUGAUGGUGCAAAUGCUCCUUCAGAUGCUCGACCCGGACUUUGUGUGCCUGCAAGUGGGCGCCUGUCCUGAGGCUCUGCGCAGACUACUGGGAAGAGAGCAGUGCACUUUUGGACCCUCAUUCUGGUGCAGGAACAUGGAGACAGCAACCCAAUGCAAUGCUGUGGAUCACUGCAAGCGCCACAUGUGGGCAUAGAGGAAGACCAGCGCCUACUGAAAUUUUUUUUAGGGAAAUAAUUGCAUUGCUGCUUCCGACUUCAACCGUUUUUUCUUUUCUUUACUAAUCUAAGUGACUUAUGUUUAAUUUGAUAUGAUUCGUGGAAAGGGACUGGACUUUUUUUUUCCCUCGCUGGGUCUAAAUUACAUGUACACAGACCUGCUAUCUGAAAAGAUGUUAAUUUGUCACUAAGAUUUCUCAGUUUGGCAUAUUUGCGCUGCAUCAGAUUAUACAUGUAUGUAGUAACAAAAGUUGUAUCACCUGUGGUACCAUGUCAUUAUGGCUUUUUCCUCCCUGUAGGAGCAAACAGAAGAUGUCUGAGAAAUGAUUGACCGAUGUAACCUUCAGCAGCAUGUCAGAUUCAAAAGCAAAUUUUUAUUUUUGUCAGUCAUCUUGUCUUAUUGUGAUGUUUUUUUAGGAGGCAAUGGCAUGGCCCUUGAGUGUUCUUUCCAUUGUUUGCACUUUCAUAGCUGUUUGUAACUGGUAGGUUUUACACCAAGCAUCUUCUGUUCUGCUUCAUAUCCUGAGCCAGCUAUAAAUUGAUCUGAUUUUAACCAUUAAAAUGAUCUAAAUCACUGGAACCAUUUGA